AUGCAGCAGCAACAACAAAUAGCAUCUCAAUCACCUUCACUACCACUACAACAUCUACAACAUUAUAAUCAACAGCAACAACAACAGCAUCACAAUAAUAUAGUAGUGGAUAAUGAUGUUACUGAUGUUACUCUUCCGCAGAUCAGCGCAAAUGAGUUGAACUAUGUAGUGUUGGAGUGGCUGUCACAACAGCAUCUAUCACCAGCACUCAUCUCUACAUUGUUUGAUGAGCUCAAUCACCGUGAUCAACUACCACUACGCACUGAUUGGAAUGGUCAGCAACACAAUCAUCAAAGCUUCAAUGAGAUAAAACAGAGAUAUAAUCAUUGUACACCGGGUAUGUUGAUGGGUAUGUUACAGACUUUGUUGAGUCUGCAACAGAGACAUGGCCAUCAACAAUCAUUGCCAUUCAAGGUCGACACUAUACUAGGCGGUGGUGCACAUACUAUAUUGAACCCUCGUCUAUUAGACAGAGGACACAACAAUGACGAUACGACAAAGACGUCAACUACAACGACACAACAUACAAACAACGAUACACAUACCACCGAGGGAUACAUUGGAAUCACAUCUAUCAUUCCCAAUCAAGCAACUAUGGACAUAACACACAGUGAUAAACUACCUAGACUAUCUAUCACAUCAGCAGCAUCGAUGCCAUCUGGCACAAGGAUGACGAUGACCCAUCCUCCACAACAACAGCGAACAUUACUUUCACGACGCCCAACAGCAUCACAGUUACAGGCGUACGCAUCAUCCAAGCUCGACACAAACACAUGCCCACUGGCCACCAAGAUACUAUCACGCGAACUCAAUGGAUCCAACAAGCUCACCCAACUCACUCCACUCCUACACGAGUAUUCAAUGACGCUUGGAGUGUUUGGACAUCGAGCUGCCAUCUAUUGUUUCGCCUUUGACAAGACUGGUGAUAAGUUCAUCACUGGCUCAGAUGAUCACUUGGUCAAGAUAUGGUCGUCGAAUACCUCCAGACUUCAGUACACGCUGAGAGCACAUAUUGGAGACCUCACAGACAUCAGCAUCAACUUUGAGAACUCAUACCUCGCCACCGCCUCCAACGACAAUACGAUCAGAGUGUGGGACCUUCAUACCUCGGUCCCCAUCUCUGUACUGCUCGGUCACGAGACCAACCAGAGGAACUCGAUUACCUCGGUCUCAUUCUGUCCGGCGCCAAACCGCAACCUACUGCUAUCAUCAGAUACGUUUGGAACGUGUCGUCUGUGGGACGUUGAUCAGGGCGAGAACAUGGUGCUACAUGAGAGCAAUGCGGCACCGGUCUACUGCGCCAUGUUCAACAGAGGUGGCACACUCAUUGUUGCCAGCUGUGGCACCGAGCUGCUCAUUUGGUCGUUGGUGACCUAUCCGCCUCAACUUGUGAGCACACUCCAAGGCCACACACUCCCAAUCAAACUACUGCAAUACAACAACCAAAGCGAUGCCAUUGUAUCCGGUUCAGAAGAUGGACAUCUAAUCAUCUGGAGGAAUACAUAUGGAAACAACUGGGACAAGACAUCAUUUUACAUUAGAGGAAUAGGCUUGAAUAGCAAGAGGAUAAAGGUCAAGCUGCGAACAGUGGUCUGGUCAUUGGACGACCAAUAUAUAAUCACGGCAGAUCAUGUGGUCCGUGUGUGGAAUGCAAAGGAUGGCGAGCCACUAUUUGAACUGGCGGCGCACGUCUCGGACGUGUUCAUCUUGGAGCCGCACCCAUCAAACCCACGUCUGUUGAUGAGUGCCGGCUACGACUCUCAGGUCAUUCUCUGGGACAUCCAAUCUGGCGUAAUGCUCAAUCGAUACGUGAUCGAAGGCCUGAAUCAGAUUCAGAUAUCAGACGGAUGCUUCUCGCCUGACGGCACCCGCUUUGGCGUCACCACCACAUUUGGCCGAUGGUACAUCCUGCAAGUGGGCGGCGAGGGCGAUCGCCUGUCAGGACGCCUAGACAACAUACCUGGCGAGCAAUUCUUCCAAACCGACUACCAACCAAUUGUCCGCGAUCACAGUGGCAAUGUGUUGGACCAGCUGACCCAGACACCUCCCCACCUGAUGCCCCAGCCCAUCCUUGUCAACUACCAGGGCGCGCCCUACAACACCCAACCCAGCCAGCCCAAACUUGGCGAGCCCUACGUCGACACACCGGAGUACCAAAAAGACAUACAGCGUUACAAUGAGACGGUGGCCAUGGAGAUGAUGAUAUUCAAUCGACAGCUCCAGCCUGUUGUCGUGCCAGAUGUACUCCUCAGCCCAUCGGCAACAGCACCCGAAUCAGCUGAGCCACCCCGACCAGAGGCCAUCGCAGCAGCGGGUGAUGGUGCAAACAAUGUCAGCGUGGUCAGCAACAAUACCAAUGCUUCGAUUGAAGAUUACGACCUGCCUGUGCCCAGUGAUAGCUCCGAUGAAGACUACUCUGAGAGCUCAUCGGACGAUGAUUGGGACGGUGGCGAAGAGGAUGAUGCGACACAAGCCGGAGACGAGGCAGAUGAUAAUGAUGACAGCGAUGAGGACCAAGAUGACGACGAUAGUGACGCACAGAUGAAUGAUGGCGAGGAUGACGAUGAUCAGAUCCAAACGAGGAGCCAAACAAAGAAGGAUAUUGAGAGAAGGAAGAGAAAGAUACUCAAUAUGACGACGCCAUUGACCAGGAGUAGGGUCACAUCACAGCAACUGGAUGAGAUCAUCGAGACCCUUGAGUUGCCAGACGAGCUUGGAUCACCAGGACAAGACUCAGACUAUGAUGAACAAAUGAAUGAUCCACUCUACGACCUACACCACAGUAACAACAACAAUAUGAAUAACAGCAACAGCGGCUACAACUACAAUUACAACUACAACAACAACAAUCAAACACAGACAACUCGACCUUCAAGAAUCAAUGGAAGGAGAUACAAGGAUAGCAACGUCGCACCAUCUUAUGAUUUGCCAAUGUCUGACGAGGAUGACUAUGUUGGUGGUGAAGAGGACGAAAAAUCAGGCGACGAUAGCAAUGAUGACGAUUAUGUAAAUAGCGAAGAGGAGGAUGAUGAUGAUCACGUGUCCAACAACGAUUCAAAUGACGAAGAUGAAGAGUACUCAAUGUCGAACAAACCAAAGCCAUCACCGAGAAAGAAGAGGAGGUCAAGGUUCACAUUGGCCAAGAGUGCGUCUUCGCCCAAGGUCAACAAGAAGCCCGCGGUCACCAGAAAGGCCAACAACAAGAGAACCAACAACACAGAAGACACCAACAACAACACUGCCAACUCCAAUGUUGAAUGUCCAAAGUGGCUAAGAAACACAUCCAACAGCCCCUUGGAGCCAUCAUACGCACCACAGAUUGGAGACAAUGUUGUCCUGUUCCCACAAGGAUACAAACUGUAUAUCGAGAACUAUCCAGAGUCUGAGCAUUCACUUACAGACAUCACCACAAUGGAAUUGGACAGCGCGCAAGAAUGCGUAAUCACCAGCAUCAUGUACAUCAUCUCGUCUCAACUAUCCAGCACACCUGGCCUACACAAAGCAAUACUCACACUCUCGACAGUCAGAGAGGAUCGACAAGAUGUUCAGUUGAAGCUUGCAUAUCAUGUCAGCGAACUACCCGACUACUUGGUGAUGGCCUCACGUGUGCGAAGGUCCAUUGAGAGUCUGCAGUGGUCGAUCAUUGGCACCCAAUUCAGGAUGUACUAUCCAGAUCAGGAGCAAUGGUACACUGGCACGAUCAGAGACCUCACUCCAUCGGACAUGGACUUCCCCGAUAGUCUCUGGGAGAGAAUAGUUGUUCUAUGGGACCAAGAUGGGGAGGAAGGAAGAGUCAGCCCAUGGGAGAUCGAUAUCACUGGUGGUGAAGCAGAUGGAAGUCCUCACGACUUGGACGAUUCCAAGCCGUUGAUCACCAAGCUCCUUAGCUCAAGGCUAAAGGACAUACCUGAGGGAAUAGAUGAUAGCGCAGUGAAGGAAUCCAUCAUGUCAGGUUUGAAAGGUGUCACUGAACAAGACUUGUGCGAUCUUUAUCUCGAUCCAGUUGAUCUGAAUGACUAUCCAUUGUACAUUCAAUUCGUAUCACACCCGAUGGACUAUGGUACCAUAACGGAGCGUUUGGAGAACAACUAUUACCGACGAGUGGAGGCUGUUUUGUUUGACUCGGAACUUGUCAUGAAGAAUGCCUUCACCUACAAUAUGCCCAACACUUCCAUUGCCAGGAACUCCAAGAAGAUUCAUCUGCAGGUUGUGGAGGUACUCAGGCCCUAUCUUGAAGAGGCGCCAGCAAGCAAGGAAGCUGGUGAGGAGAGUGACGACCAAGAAGUUGCCCUCGAUGACGAGCUCUUGAACUUGACAGCACCAACACUCAUCACCUCAACCACGACGACGACGACAACGACAACAACCACAGUAACCAGGAGGGCCAGGAACAAAGCCCUUGCCAAUGCCAAUGGCAGUGCUAACGAGGCCAAGGCCAUCAGCAAUGGACAGGGCAGGGGACUGACUCUGAGGUUGAGAAGAAGAGCACAGGUAGAGGAGGAGGAUGAGGAGGAGGAAGACCAUUCCAGUGAUGUCCAUGACGAGGAGAUACUUAGUGAUGCCUCAAAUUCCAAUUCCACCGACGACGACGACGAUGACAGCAUAAGGACUCCCAAUCACAAGAGAAAGUCACGUGCGAUAUCACCAAUCGUUAGAAAGCGACAAAGGUCUUCGAACCAACAUCUGAUGACCGACUCUGAGGUGGACGACGAUCAGAACUGA